AUGUCUGACAUCCCUGACUGGGUCAAACUCUUCGGAGGAAUCACCUUGGGUGCUUAUUUUUUCAUUACUGUGGCCAUCCCGGCUCUUAUAGUGGUGGUUCCCCCUCUUCUCAUUGGUGGAUAUAUCUACACUAAAGGCAGUCAAUUCUGGCGGAAAAGACAGGCCAACACUCAGUGGGACCUUGUUAAUCAUUCUUCUCUUGUUUUCAAUCCCCAAACUCGCAGAUCUUUGUCCCUGCUACCUUCUCCAGAACAGAUCAAUACCGAAAUAGCAAACUUUCAACUCAACCGUAUCAUCGAUGCCUUCUGGGCCAAUGAGAAUGGAAUCUCAGAUUACUUUCGCGUCGAAAACGUCGAUCGUCUUGCAUUGGGUACUUUGGAAGGUGUUCAGUAUAACUAUGAUUCCAACAGUUCGUUGUUCUCAAAGGAUUAUACCCUUCUUGUUACCCAGCAAAGAUCACUAUACGACACUCAAUCAUCCAAGAAGAUCGCAAACUGUAUUCUCAGCCUCAAAUGUCUCGAACCUCCAUUGUUUGAAGGCGGUGUAGAUCCUACUGCCAAUAUAGGAAAGUCUUCGUCAGUCAUACAGAUUAGUGCGAUGGCCCUUGGAGGACGCAAAUUUCUCAUUGACACUCCUUCAAUUUACUCUGAUGGUGAUAAUAAUGAUGAUGAUGAUGUCAUCAUUAAUGUUAAAGGAAGGACCAGAAAUGUUGGCCAAUAA